AUGUUGGUGACAUUGUCAAAAUCAAGGCCAAUGAGAUGUAAGUUCUGGCUAGAAAGUGAAGGUCCAAAGGCCAACUUGUACAGUUACCAAGGUAACCUGAAGUAUUACGUGAACGGAGACGAAUCAGCCAAAACCGCAAAUGAGCCAGUCACCAUCAACAAUAUGCUUCUGAGAGGAUGCACUUUAAGAAACACUAAGUGGGUGGUUGGAUUGGUUGUUUUCACUGGUGAUGACACCAAAAUCAUGAUGAAUGCAGGUGUGACUCCUACUAAGAGAUCUAGAAUCUCUAGAGAGUUGAAUCUCUGUGUUUUAUUAAACUUCGUGUUGCUGUUCAUCUUAUGUUUGGUCAGCGGUAUUGCUAACGGUAUUUAUUAUCAUCGGAAGCAUACCAUGCGCGACUACUUUGAAUUCGGAACUAUUGCAGGCUCUGCUGUCUCCAAUGGUAUUUUAGAGUUUUUCGUUGCAUUGAUUUUAUAUCAAUCGCUGGUUCCUAUUUCUCUUUACAUUUCGGUUGAGAUUAUCAAAACAGCUCAGGCAUUUUUCAUCUACUCUGAUGUCAACAUGUACUACAAAAAACUGGAUUAUCCUUGCACACCAAAGUCGUGGAACAUUUCUGAUGAUUUGGGUCAAAUCGAAUACAUAUUCAGUGAUAAGACAGGUACCUUGACACAGAAUGUUAUGGAAUUCAAAAAGUGUACCAUUAAUGGUGUUUCCUAUGGUAGAGCAUACACAGAGGCCUACGCGGGUAUCAGAAGACGUCAAGGAAUAGACGUUGAAGAAGAAGGUGCCAGAGAAAAAGAAGAAAUUGCUCGCGACAAAGUGGAGAUGAUCAACGUUUUGCGUUCUGUUAAUAAGGGAGAUAUCUCGCCUGAUAUUCACAGUGAACUGACUUUUGUCUCCAAGCCUUUUGCUACAGAUUUGAAUGGGGAGUCGGGUGUUCCUCAAAAACAAGCUCUGGAGCAUUUCAUGCUUGCGUUGGCUUUAUGUCACAGUGUUUUGACCGAACCUUCUGAAACCAAGCCAGGAAAGAUGGAGCUCAAAGCACAAAGUCCUGAUGAGGCAGCUUUGGUUGCCACUGCUAAGGACGUUGGUUUCGAGUUUAUCAGACGUACCAAGAAGGGUCUGGUUUUGAACGUUCAAGGUGUUGAGAAAGAGUACCAGAUUUUGAACAUUUUGGAGUUCAAUUCCACCAGAAAGAGAAUGAGUGUCAUGAUCAAGAUCCCAGCUGCAACCAGAGAUGGCGAGCCUACAGUUUUGUUGAUCUGUAAGGGAGCAGACUCAAUUAUCUAUUCCAGACUCAGCAACAGCAACGAUCAACAGCUUCUUGACAAGACAGCUAUCCAUCUUGAGGAGUACGCUACUGAGGGUUUGAGAACUUUGUGUAUUGCACAAAGAGAGCUGACCUGGUCCGAGUACGAAGAAUGGCAGACUAGACACAAUAUUGCAUCUGCUUCGCUUGAUCAAAGAGAAGAGAAGAUGGAAGAGGUUGCCACUUCUAUUGAGCAAGAACUUACUCUUUUGGGAGGUACAGCCAUUGAGGAUCGGUUGCAGGACGGUGUUCCGGACUCGAUUCAGCUGUUAGCCAAGGCUGGUAUCAAGCUUUGGGUUUUGACCGGAGAUAAGGUGGAGACUGCCAUCAAUAUUGGUUUCUCCUGUAAUUUGCUUGAAAACGGUAUGGACUUGCUUGUUAUCAAGACUUCUGGUGAGGACGUUGAGUCACUGUUCACCGAGGAGGAGAUCAAAAACAUCGAUGGUGACCAGAGCGAACUGGUGCUUGCACUGAUUGAAAAGUAUUUGCACAACCACUUCGACAUGGAUGGCUCGAUGUCCGAACUUGAUAAGGCAAAGAAGAUCCACUCUCCUCCAUCUGGAAACUUUGGUGUGGUCAUUGAUGGUGAAGCUUUGAAAAUUGCUCUCAGUGAUAAAGUCAAAUACAAGUUCUUGCUGCUGUGUAAGCAGUGCAAGGCCGUUUUGUGUUGCCGUGUUUCUCCUGCUCAAAAGGCUGCCGUUGUCAAACUCGUCAAGGAUACUCUUGAUGUCAUGACAUUGGCUAUUGGAGACGGUUCGAACGAUGUUGCCAUGAUCCAAGCUGCCGACGUGGGUGUUGGUAUUGCUGGUGAAGAAGGUACUCAAGCCGUCAUGUCUGCCGAUUAUGCUCUUGGUCAAUUCAGAUAUUUGGCAAGAUUGGUUCUGGUUCACGGAAGAUGGUCUUACAAACGUAUUGCUGAGAUGAUUCCAAGUUUCUUCUACAAGAAUGUGGUGUUCACCUUGUCCUUGUUCUGGUAUGGAAUCUACGACGACUUUGACGGAACUUACUUGUUCGAGUACACCUAUUUGAUGUUCUACACUUUGGCAUACACCUCGUUGCCUGUUAUUUUCAUGGGUAUUUUUGAUCAAGACGUUCCCGCUCAUAUCUCGCUAUUGGUUCCGCAACUCUACCGUACUGGUAUCCUGAGAAAGGAAUGGACCAUGGAGAAGUUCUGGUGGUACUUGACUGACGGAUUCUACCAGUCUCUUAUCUCGUUCUUCUAUCCAUACUUCCUCUACUACAAGAACGGUAUCGUUACCUUCAACGGUUUGGCUUUGGAUCACAGAUUCCUUGUUGGUGCCCUGGUUGCCACCAUUGCCACCACUUCCUGUGAUAUUUAUGUGCUGUUCCAUAUUUACAGAUGGGAUUGGCUCACUGUUUUGAUCAUCUCUCUCUCGAUCAUUGUUGUUUUCGGUUGGACUGGUAUCUGGUCUUCGUCAACCUACUCUGGUGAGUUCUACAAAUCGGCCGCCCACAUGUACGGCACUCCAGCGUUCUGGGCUUGUUAUUUCCCUGGUGUCUUGACGUGUAUUCUUCCACGUUUUGUUUACGACAUUGUUGAGAAAGCAUUUGCUCCAAGAGACAUUGACAUCAUCAGAGAAACCGUCGAUAAAGGUGACUUUGACCAAUAUCACGAGGACUACGAUCCUACCGACCCAGAUAGAGCCAAAGUGUCUCAAUACACCAAGGAUCAGCUGGCAGAAACUCCUGUUCAACUGCCAGAAACUCCUUUGACCGACUACAGAGACUCUAUCAAUGGAACUGGUGGAAAACGUGGAUCAAUGUUGCAACGGAUGUUUGGCAAGGAAAAACGUCUCACUGUGCCUUCCAUCCCCGUCACCGCAUCCACAGAUACUCUGGCUACCGAGGAGAUCGAAAUGGAGUUCACCGGAAGCAAUCCAAAUAGCCCAUUGCCUCGUCCUUCGCUUACAGUGAAACGGGAUCCUCGUAUUCUGACCGACGCAGACAGAAUGGCCCGUCUGCGGAACCAGAUCAACAGGAACUCACUGGACAUCUCAAGACAGAGAUCGUUGGAUCAGGCCAGACGCGACCUUGAGGCGGCAGAGGGCCGUGAACAAUCUCCGAAUCGCGUGCGUACCAGUAUGGAGAUAGCUGGCGUGACUACUGCUGAGUCAUUGAUUGGCCGUCUUUCGAACGAGCAUGCGAGAUAA